ACUAGCAGCAUAUUUUUAAACUUAGCCAUGGCCAUCUCCAAAGGUUUUUUUGCAAUUGUACUUUUGGCUCUCGCAUUUGUACUCUUUGUUCAAGGAGAAAAUGAGGAAUUCAUUGGUGUUGGAGAGAACAAAGCCGGGGAAAAAAUAGAUUGCGGAUCCGAGUGUGUCCGGAGGUGCCGAUUGUCGUCAAGGCCCCGACUAUGCCACCGUGCGUGCGGGACGUGCUGUGCGCGAUGCAACUGCGUCCCACCGGGAACUGCUGGGAAUAAAGAGUUGUGCCCAUGCUAUGCCAAAAUGACUACCCAUGGCAAUAGGCUCAAAUGUCCCUAAAAAUUAAAUUAACUCAUAUAUAUAUAUUACUAUUUAACUUUUUUUUAAUAAAAAUUAUAUCUUGGCUUUCAAAUUUUAGUUGCUGGUUUUGAACUUAUUAGAAAAAUGGUUGAGAAAAAUGCAAGCUGGUUUUAAUUGAAAGCUGUAAUGUAUUUUUAAUUAUAUAUAUAAGAAUAAUAAAUAAUACUAUUAUAUUGAAUUUAUAGAUAAUGCGAUACUAAUUUAAUUAUGUAAUUUAUAUGGUUAUAUAUGUGUAAUAAUAUAAAUA